AUAAUUUUUUUUAUAUCACAUCGAAACAACGAUGGGAAACUCUGCAUCUGGACAGAAAUUCAACGUGUGGGUAACCCUGGAGCGAGGCUCCUCCCUGGUGGACUCCAUCAAGCUCUCGUGCAAGGACUCCACCUGCUGCCUGAAGAGGAGGCGUACGGUCGCCUCCGUCAAGCUCCCCGUGGAAGGCUGGUCUUGCGUCGCAGGGAUUCAAGGCUGCCACGCCGAGGGUGAGCUGCGUGUGCCCUUGGCGAAGCUGUGCAAGAAAGACGGCAACGCGGCCGUCAGGGUGCAAUGCGCCUCGCUUAAGAAGCCAGUCUUCACCUCUUCCAUGCCGCUGGCCUGGCUGCUGGACAACAUCAGCGGCCUCCACUUCUCUCUCUUCUGUGACGACGGGCCCGCCUUCACCAGCCUCCGGUGCAACGGGAGGCGGUGUGGCGAGCCCGUCCGGGCGGUGAGCCCUGCACCUCGUGCGGCCACUGACGGGGUGGCCAGGACCGAUGAGGCUGAUGCAUGGGCAGCCUUUGAAGUGACGACCCAUGAUGACUGGUCCGUGGAGGCUGAUGAUUCAUGGGCAGCCCCAGACUUGGUGACCUCUGUUGCUAUGGUCGAGGCUGUUGAUUCAUGGGCAGCCUUUGAAGCAAUGACCCGUGAUGACUGGUCCGUGGAGGCUGAUGAUUCAUGGGCAGCCCCAGACUUGGUGACCUCCGCUGCUAUGGUCGAGGCUGAUGAUUCAUGGGCAGCUUUUGAAGCAAUGACCCGUGAUGACUGGUCCGUGGAGGCUGAUGAUUCAUGGGCAGCCCCAGACUUGGUGACCUCUGUUGCUAUGGUCGAGGCUGCUGAUUCAUGGGCAGCCUUUGAAGCAAUGACCCGUGAUGACUGGUCCGUGGAGGCUGAUGAUUCAUGGGCAGCCCCAGACUUGGCGACCUCCGCUGCUAUGGUCGAGGCUGAUGAUUCAUGGGCAGCCUUUGAAGCAAUGACCCGUGAUGACUGGUCCGUGGAGGCUGAUGAUUCAUGGGCAGCCGCCGAAUUGGUGACCGCCAUCACCGAUGAGGCUGAUUCAUGGGCAGCCUUUGAAGCAAUGACCCGUGAUGACUGGUCCGUGGAGGCUGAUGAUCCAUGGCCAGCCGCCGAAUUGGUGACCGCCAUCACCGAUGAGGCUGAUGAUUCAUGGGCACUCUUUGAAGUGACUACCCGUGAUGACUCGUCUGAUGAGGGUGAUGAUACAUGGGCACUCUUUGAAGCAACGAUCCGUGAUGACUCGUCUGACGAGGGUGAUGAUACAUGGGCACUCUUUGAAGCAACGAUCCGUGAUGACUCGUCUGAUGAGGGUGAUGAUACAUGGGCACUCUUUGAAGCAACGACCCGUGAUGACUCGUCUGAUGAGGGUGAUGAUCCAUGGGCAUCCGCCGAAUCGGUGGCCGCCAUCACCGAUGAGGAUGAUGAUCCAUGGGAUGCCCUCGAAUUGAUAACCAGUAAUGACUGGUCUGAUGAGGCUGAUGAUCCAUGGGAUGCCCUCGAAUUGAUAACCAGUAAUGACUGGUCUGAUGAGGCUGAUGAUCCAUGGGCAUCCGCCGAAUCGGUGGCCGCCAUCACCGAUGAGGAUGAUGAUCCAUGGGAUGCCCUCGAAUUGAUAACCAGUAAUGACUGGUCUGAUGAGGAUGAUGAUCCAUGGGAUGCCCUCGAAUUGAUAACCAGUAAUGACUGGUCUGAUGAGGAUGAUGAUCCAUGGGAUGCCCUCGAAUUGAUAACCAGUAAUGACUGGUCUGAUGAGGAUGAUGAUCCAUGGGAUGCCCUCGAAUUGAUAACCAGUAAUGACUGGUCUGAUGAGGAUGAUGAUCCAUGGGAUGCCCUCGAAUUGAUAACCAGUAAUGACUGGUCUGAUGAGGAUGAGGAUCCAUGGGAUGCCCUCGAAUUGAUAACCAGUAAUGACUGGUCUGAUGAGGGUGAUGAUCCAUGGGCAUCCGCCGAAUCGGUGGCCGCCAUCACCGAUGAGGAUGAUGAUCCAUGGGAUGCCCUCGAAUUGAUAACCAGUAAUGACUGGUCUGAUGAGGAUGAUGAUCCAUGGGAUGCCCUCGAAUUGAUAACCAGUAAUGACUGGUCUGAUGAGGAUGAUGAUCCAUGGGAUGCCCUCGAAUUGAUAACCAGUAAUGACUGGUCUGAUGAGGAUGAGGAUCCAUGGGAAGCCCUUGAAUUGAUAACCAGUAAUGACUGGUCUGAUGAGGGUGAUGAUCCAUGGGAAGCCCUUGAAUUGAUAACCAGUAAUGACUGGUCUGAUGAGGAUGAUGAUCCAUGGGAUGCCCUCGAAUUGAUAACCAGUAAUGACUGGUCUGAUGAGGAUGAGGAUCCAUGGGAAGCCCUUGAAUUGAUAACCAGUAAUGACUGGUCUGAUGAGGGUGAUGAUCCAUGGGCAUCCGCCGAAUCGGUGGCCGCCAUCACCGAUGAGGAUGAUGAUCCAUGGGAUGCCCUCGAAUUGAUAACCAGUAAUGACUGGUCUGAUGAGGAUGAUGAUCCAUGGGAAGCCCUCGAAUUGAUAACCAGUAAUGACUGGUCUGAUGAGGAUGAUGAUCCAUGGGAAGCCCUCGAAUUGAUAACCAGUAAUGACUGGUCUGAUGAGGAUGAGGAUUCAUGGGAUGCCCUCGAAUUGAUAACCAGUGAUGACUGGUCUGAUGAGGCUGAUGCCUUCCUGGACGCCAUGGCCAUCUGUGCUGUCGUUGUGUACAUUGUCUUGCUUCACUAAGCAGCCUGGUAACACACUCACCAGUGACCCCCGGCGCAGGCGCGAGCCACAUCGUGAGCCACACUCCCGAGAAGCGAGACACCCUUUAGUGACCGUCGCUCUUAUUACACCUUCAGGGGAGGAGCUCCAGCUGUAUUUCUUAUCUUAUCAAUGAAAACCUUUACAAUAAAACUAUUAUCCUAUUAAUGAAUUUACCUUACCUAUUAAUAAUAGUGUGCCUAUCACAGUGAAAUUCACCACAUGCACGACUGCCAAGUCUCUUCCAUUCGUCUACCAUUCUAUUAG